UGUACCUAUUUGAUUAUAACAAUCACGUUUUCCAUAUGAAUGUUUAAACAAUACACAUUACAUAUUAUUAAUGGGCAAACAUUUGUCUCAUUUAAGUAAUCAUGAUACUGCGACAAGUCGUUCGAACAUUGUUGAAGAGAACUACCUCAAUCAUGUAUGCUACAAGUUUUAUGUUUGAAAGUCACUCAGAAACUAAGAAGCCCACAGUAGAUAAUAAAUUGAAUUUGGAUCCACCAGAUAUAAGAAAACUAACUGUCGAGUAUAUGAUACAACAGUCAAUAUUAGAUUCUAUAAACAAUGCAUCUCAAACAUUAAACAUUGCAUAUAUGGCAGUAAUGAGAACAAGUAGUAAAUAUAAGACCUUGUUAAGUUCACUGAUUUGUUUGUCAAAGGAUACUUUGGAGUUUCAUGUCACAGAUGAACAUUGGGACACAAUAGUUGAACUAAGAUCAGAAGUGCAAAAUGAAAAAGAACAGCUAAAUAAAUUAACAGAGUAUGUUCAGUAUGUACAAAGAAUGGCAAUUGCAGCUUCAGAUCUGAGUUACUUUUCUGGAAUGGAAAACUUGUCCUCUCUUUCUAGACAAAUUGAUGAUAUUGCAAAAAGUAUGCAGGAGGAAAGUGAUUGUAUUGCGACACUUGAAAAAGAAUACAAUGAUGUGCAAGAGCAAUGCAUUAAGAACUCAACUAAUGCAGACAGUAAUGAAUCUAAUAAUUAACAUGAAAGAAAGCUCUCUCAUUAUUUA